UCUUGAGCAUCGCCAUUCCGCGCCGAAUCCCUUGGUCACGAGCUAUACCUCCAAAGCACGCGAGAGAUACAAUCGUCAGAGUUCUGCUCGCUGAGUGAUUGUUCAGUAUGGAAGACAACUUCACUUACCGCGCUCCUGAAGCGUCUCGUCGGUCAUCGGGCCAACAACAGACGCCACCUCGACGUCCUCCCGAGCAAAGGAACGCGUCGCUCCCAUCCCUCCGACCUUCCAAUAUCACGCCGCGGCAAUAUACUAUCCCACGAGGAAGUUCAUCGCAUAAGCGCGGUGCAGAGCCCGAGUAUUCUCUACAUAGCACGAACGACAUUCAUCAGUCGUCAGCUUCUCGGGCAGCCUAUGUAGGGCUCGGUAGCUCCUCAUCAGCUUUUCAGCAGACUCCAAGAACCACUUUUCCCGAACUUCCAGCUAUGGCUUCUUCAUGCGGUCCGAUUCACUCGCAAUCGCACUUCCCGUCAGCUAUCGACCACAACCGGCACAGGGUUCUGAGCUCACACCCUGCUUCCAGUGCUCACUGGAAGUCUGGCCGUAAUGUGUCCUCUCUGCCAUCAGCGGACUUCACUAGGACCUGUCAAGAGAAUACUUCGGGAUCUCUUUUCCAGAAGUCUCCUACCGUGUCAAGUCUACACGCUACGGCCAAAUCCAGAGCCACAUCCCAGGUUGCAGAUAGCCUGUUCGUCGAUCAAGGUGUCUUGAAUCGUGGCAACCCACUACUUGAUAACCCGACUGCACACCUCCACGCACCUUCUUCGCCUCUGAGAAUUCCGUCGCCUGCCAACUGCGGCCAUAUCGAGCACCUCAGAUUCUUAGAUAAGCAGCAGAGUCAAGCUUUCAAAAGUGGCUUCUUCCCCGACACCGAAGAACCAAAGACUCUCGGAAGCUCGAGCAGAAAGCCUGUAACCACAACUGCCUCAGCCGACGGCCUCCAAGAAGGAUUUGCAGCGAUCAAAGUAUCCGGCUUCAUUCUUGAAGACGAGGAUGAGGAAUACCGCACUUCGUCUCGCACGAAUAGACGGAAGCACAAAAAUGUCGCAAUUAUCAAGCAAAAUAUGAGUUCCCGUCCUCGCGCAUCAACCUUGUCGUCAAUUCCAGUCAGCCAUGAUACUGAGCCCCAGAGCAUUCUAAAAAAGCAGUCGGGAGAAAAUGAUGCAAUGCACCGGCAAUCGGACACCACCCAAGGCACCGGUAAAGAGAAAGCUGUGACUACUGCAAAGAAAUCGACCGAGCCGAAAAGCUUCAGUCUUCUAUCCAACAUGAUGGCCAAGGCGCCCAAGCCUUCCAUCCGAAUUGUUACCGUUCCGAAGCCCGGAGCCAAGCCAAUACGUCGAGCCCAAUGUCAGGAUGAUACCUCUUCAAAGACCUAGAACGACUUGAAAGGGAGCACUCAGUCAACAACAACAACCAAAGGUUCGAAGCGAAGUCGGAAUGAUGUUGCGCCCGACAAGUCAUUAUCGGCUCGAGACCCGAAGAAGCAAAG